AUGGGCGGCGCCGUCAUGGUUCAGCGCAUGGCGGCCAAAGCCAUUGGAAAGGCAAAGCCACGAACGCGACCGCAAUCGAGAGAAGCCAAAAAGAAGGCGUUGACAGCGCCAGUGCGAAUGUUCUAG